AUGGAGGUAAUCGACACACUACCGCCUAGAAAGCGUCGAAAGACUGAGGGAGACAUUCCCAAGUCUCUUUUCUGGUUUGGGCAAGGUACCGGCGUGACGAAAUUUGGAUUUGAAUCUACCAAUGAAAGAAAUGAGCGUCAGUACCAGCAGCCACAAAUGACACACACCGACCCACAUUCGAUAGCUCGACUUGCAAGUCAACAGACAAAUCUUGCACCUAUAAAAACACCACGAGGAUCGCAUCACAAAGUUAAUCUCGGAGCAAAAGAGAGCCAAAUUUUUGACCCAGCAUACAACUUACUUCAACCUCCUCGGGUACAUGUCCGAAGUAGCUCCGGAUUUCCGGAGUUGAAUGACAUACACGUGGAAUCAAUUUCUGCUGCAGCUCUGUUCGCCAAAAGACGGCGCGUGAACUCUCAACCUACUUUGACAAGUGGUACCGGAGAAUCGCCUCAAGACUAUGCUCCUCACCAACGUGCAGGAGGAAUAUGGGGCCCGUCUCAGAGACCGAGCGAAGACCAUUCUUCCGAGAGCUCUAGUGAGCGAGCACCUCUGCUUUCGCGAUCUCGGCAGCUUGCCUUAGACGCGGCUGCCUCGCGAUCUCGAAAACAUCAAUCUGUCAGUCUAUCCACGGACGAUGGAGUCAACGAAACCCUACAGCACAUUGGCAAAUGCAAAAGUCUUUGGUUCGUGGUGAUAGCCAUUCUAGUUGGGGUGUUCUUGAUUCUUUUCUUGUACGCAUUUCACAUAUUAGAUUAG